AUGACCAAGAUAUGCAUCAGAAAUGUUGCCGUUUUCGAUAGUGAGGGCAUCCUCAAGUCAGAAAAUGUGGUCUUCACCCGAUCCGCCGGUAACGUUCAGAAUUACAUGGCCGACGGCUCCGAUGCUGAGACGUCUGACUUUGUUGUCGAUGGGCGCGGCUGUUCACUUAUCCCCGGACUCAUCGACGUUUGUGUCAAUAUCAAAGGCGCCAACGCCGCCCUCGGCACCUUUGCGAGCUACGGUGUCACGACCGUCGUCGACAUGAGCAGCAGUACUCAGCAAUGCCGGGCUAUGCGUGUUUAUGCCGCCAGUAAGAUGGGACUCUCGACCUUUUUCACCUGCGGAACUGAAGCAGUUGCCGCUAGGGACUAUCAACCUCAGCUAUACAAUGGAUCGGAAGGAUCGGUUAUCCGCACGCGCGAAGAUGCUCUGGCCUUUGUCUCGGCGAAGGCUAGCGGUCCUAACUGCGCAGACUUUAUCAAUGUCGCCGUCAACCUCCACUCGUUCGAUGACGAGAUCCUGAAGGCUAUUGUCGACGCGGCACGUGCCGACGACAAGCUAACCAUCGCCCGCACCAGCGGGAUACAAUCCUACAGGCGCGCCUUGCAUGCCGAUUUCGAUAUCUUCGUUCACGCGCCCCUCGACGCGCCUAUUGAUGAGAUCCUGGCACGCAAGAUGGCCGGUAAGAACAAGAUCUUUGUGCCGACACUCAUAAUGAUGCGACGGCUUGCGUCAAACAUAGACUCCAGAGAUACCACCGCCACUAGUGCCUGGACCCAGAGCCGUCCAGACAGGUCCAACCUGGAUCCACGCUCAAUCGAGAACUUGAACCCCGGUGCCACAGCCGGCAGCACCUACGAAAAUGCAAUGAAGAGCGUACGCACGCUACAUGAUGCCGGCGUCGCGAUUUGCGCGGGUACCGCGGCGAACCUGGUCCCAGGGUCCCAGAUUCCCUUCGGGGAAAGUCUGCACGAGGAGCUGCACCUGCUGGUCGAGGCCGGCAUGCCAGCGCUCGACGUACUCCGUUCGGCAACCUGUGUGGCAGCCAAGGCCUUCCGGCUUGGCGACCGUGGCAUGGUCCGGGAGGGUCUGCGGGCCGACCUGUUACUUGUCGAGGGCAACCCGCUGGAAAACAUCAGUGUAACACGCAAUAUCAAAAGAAUCUGGAUUCGAGGGGAGGAGGUAAAUCUGUUCAAUGCGGCUCAUGCGGUAGAGGCGGUCUGA